CUGCAAAGCAUUCAGUCGUUGGUUCCCUACAAGCAAACAACUAAAUUUAAUUUUUUAAUUUAAGUUUUACUUCUCUCCCCCACACAAAACUCACAACUAUGAACUCCUUCUCCGUGUUCUUGGUGUUUGCAUUGGCAGCACUGGUCGUUGCGGAACCACCAUCAGGAUAUAAUUAUCCCAGAGGCGGCGGUGGCGGUGGUUCGUUCGGCGGUGGCUCAUUUGGCGGUAGCUUUGGUGGUGGCUCAUUCGGUGGUGGUGGCGGCGGUGGCUAUCAAGCUGUCAGCGGUGGCUUCCAGACAUCCGAGGGCCAAAAUGUUGAUCCUCAACUAUUGGAACAAGUACGCCAAAUUCUGCUGAACGAGGAGAGCAAAGCCAGCUCGGGCGGUGGUGGCGGUGGCGGCGGGGGUGGUUACCCAUCUGGUUCGUACGGCCCACCAUCCGGCUCUUAUGGUCCACCAUCAUCGUCUUAUGGUGCACCCGGUGGUGGCGGUGGCGGCCGUGUGGUCGGCAUUGAUUUAGAGGGUGUGCGUCAAGCCAUUCAGGUGGCGCAAUUCGCACAGCAGAGCACGCAAGCAGGUGGUAACUUUGGCGGCUACCCAAGCGCUCCAUCUGGCUCGUAUGGUGCACCAUCGAGACCAAGUGGCAGCUAUGGUGCGCCCUUCUAGGGAGGGAUAUGUGUGUCGAUUUAAAUACAUUUAAAUAUUAGAUAUAUGCAGCAAAUCGCCUUGUGUCUAUGACCAAGUAGAUGAGUAAAAGUUGAAAAAAGAAAAGACAAGCAAAAAAAAAUGUAGAUCACGAUCCUCAACCAAUACAACAAUCAAUGAGCAAUUAAUGAAACAAUCAAUCAAUCAAACAACACGCUGCCAAAUAUAUGAAAUUGGAGUUUAAAAUGAAAAUGAAGAUGAUGAUAAUAUUGAAGAUGAACGAAAAUGAAGGCGAUUUGAAGUGUUGAUUACGAAGAAGUAGAAAUUAAAAGUGAAAGCGGUUUGAAAAUGACGAUAAUGAACAACAACAACAAUGCCAGAAACCACAACAACGCCACUCAAUGGAUAAUUCGAUGAUCACGGAUGAAGCGACAUUAGCAAUAGCAACAAUCCAGCUCCAACAACUCAAACAAACACUGUUGCGCAUUCGUUGCUGUCGCUAAUAGUCUAAAAAAGUUUGUUAAAUAGAGACGUGUAGAAGAAAACCACUUCUACGAGAAUUUCUUCUUUCGAUUUCGUGCUGUGGCCCGCAUCCACGCAGCACUGCCAACCACAACUGCCCUCAUCCACAUAGCCUGCCAGCAGCAACAACGUUGGACCAACAGCAACAGCAGCAACAACAACAAGCAGCAGCAUGUUUGUACCGCUCUUUGCUCUGCAGCGACCUGUGAAAAAUGUGCAACAACAAUUUGUAGGGAACUUACAAUUCCACUGCAACACCAAAAACCAAUCAAAAACCAUCCAACCAGCACCAAUGCACUGCACCGUAACCAUCCAACGGUUUCCUAUAUGUGCCUUUGGUGUUGUUGGCGUUAUCGUUGCCGUGGGCGUUGGUGGCGACGGUGCAUUUGCAGGUGGUGUUUGGUGGUGUGGGCCGUCAGUGAUAUUUCGUUUUCAUUUUUCCCGCAAUCUCGCUCU